AUGAUAGCCUUUGGAUUACUUGCAGUUGGCAUUUUAACCGCCAAUCAGCCAUUUGACAACAACGAAUCACAAGUUCAUGGUGAAAAUGGUUGGUAUAUUCCCCACGGGGAUGGCGUAUUUUACUGGAUGGAUAAUAAUAUAACCGAAAGGAAUAUCGACUUUACGAAUAUAACAGAGGAUAUUGAAAUGCUUACUUCACCUAUAACAUUUCACUUGUACACUCGGAUAAAUCCCACUUUUGGCAACAUCAUAUCAUCCAAUGUGGAUUCAAUAGAGAAUUCCAAUUUUAAUGGAAAUAAACCCACUUACAUAAUUAUACACGGUUGGACCCAAAGUUAUCAAACAAAUACACUUCGGAGUGUGGCUUUAUCCGCCCUGAGAACGUUUGAUUGUAAUGUCAUUAUGGUUGAUUGGCCUCGGGCCCGUUCGUGGGAUUAUGCCUCAUCAGUUGCUGCAGUACCUAUAGCGGGCAGACAAAUUGCCAAAAUGAUUGAUUUUCUUAAGACUAACUUCCAGAUGUCAUUACGAGAUUUGGUAGUCACCGGUCAUAGCUUAGGUGCCCAUGUUGCUGGUUUCGCCGGCAAGAAUAUUCAGAAUGGCAAACUAUCAAAAAUUAUUGCCAUGGAUGCUGCACUGCCGCUUUACAGUUAUGACAUACCACAAACCCGUUUGUCAUCUACGGAUGCCGAAUAUGUCCAAGUUAUUCAUACCGAUGCGGGUUUGUUGGGAUUCGAAAGACCCAUUGGUCAUGGUGAUUUCUAUCCAAAUGGUGGAAAUAAUCAACCCGGUUGCAACAAUGAAAUUCAAGGGUUUUGUUCCCACGACCAUUCGGUAAUUUAUUAUGCCGAAGCUUUACAAUUUGAUAAUUUCGGUAGUAUAGCGUGUGGAAAUUAUCAGGAAGCUGUGAGUAAACAUUGUGGCGAUGAUUUGUCGGCGAUUCGAAUGGGCGCUGUUUUACCCGGCGAAGAGGCUAGUGGAGUGUAUUAUGUUCCGCUUCGAAAUAAUUCACCAUAUGGCAUACUCGAUUCAACAGAUGCGGCUUAUAAACAAUGUAACUGUUCAGAGGUGGUGUGA